CAGGGAAUUCUGCAGCUCAUUGGGUGACUGCGGGGGGAACUGGGGUCGCUGAUUGGCUCAAAGAAAAGCACCAUAACUACACGAAGUUUAUAUUCAUUCAGCUCGUUCAAGUGGUUAAACCGUUCCAGAGAGAGAGAAAGAGGGGCAAAGUUUGACGCUUCAACAAAAAUAAGUGAAGUUGUAGCGGAUCAGCGGGAUGGAUUAAAAAGACACCACUUUGUUUUUUUUUUUGUUUUUAAAGAAAAAGAAUAAUCAUUCAUAAAAGAUGGCAAGUUCAGACAGCGAGGUGAAAACAUUACUGAACUUCGUGAACUUGGCUUCCAGCGACAUCAAGGCAGCCUUGGACAAAUCAGCCCCGUGUAGGCGCUCCGUGGACCACAGAAAAUACCUCCAGAAACAGCUGAAGCGCUUCUCGCAGAAGUGCUCCAGGAUGCCCCGGUGCCAUACGCACAGAGUUACCGACUCUGCCCCCAAAGUGACCGAGGACAAGCCUGCUACGCUCACACAGGAGAGCGCUGCAUCCCUUUCCCACGCGAAUGGGAAGCGAGAGCCGCGCACAGAACGUCUGGAUUUGGACCCGGACCCGGAGGACCCUCAGCAGACGGGCCAGGUGCCCAUGCGCAAGCGGCAGCUCCCGGCCUCUUUCUGGGAAGAGCCUCGCUCCUCUCGCGGCGAGCGGCCGUGCUUUCACCACGCUUGGAAGAGGAACUCGCACGUGGGAUCUCACGCGUACGAGUCUGACGGCGAGAAAAGCGCCAGGAUUUACGACGAACGAAAAGCUAACUUGCUGCCGUCUGCUCGGCGUUGCUCCCCAGACCUGGAGCCGCUAAGGGUUGCUCUCACAUGCGGCUGCACUCCCUUCCAGUACCGCGGGAGCCAGGCUCUCCACACACACGCGCACACACACCUCCUGCUGCCCCAGGUCCCUCUCACCCACGUGGGGCUCAGGGCGAAAGUAAACGGAACUGACUUGGACAUGCAAAAAAUGCCGGACGGUCUUAAAAACAAUACAGCACACGUGGUGGUCAAGCCGAUUCCUACCAAACCGGUUUCAGCCUCCAUUUUCAGUGUGUUCGGCUUCAUUUAGGUCUCAGCGCGACUGUUUGAGUGUAAACUGAACUGCUCUUAGCUGAGAUGAUCGGUAAAUAUUCUAUCCAGAGAAUUAAAGGAGGAUUUCACAGAUGUAAAAAAAAUCUGCUCAGUUCAGUUGUUGAGAUGGAAAAAAGGUCAUUUGGGGUGGUUUGAUGUGAAAUAGUACACUGUAGAGAAACGUACCAAUUUGUCAUCCAAAAUGACUAGUAAAUAUGUUAUAUUGAUAUUUGUAAUGGAAUAACAGAGGGGAAUUUUAAAAAAUGUUUUCUUUGGACACUGUUUUGCUUUUUAAAUUUUAGGCCAAAUCCUUAUAUAAGCACUCAUAAACCAGUGUCUCAGACAUCAGGUCACAUAAUAAUGUUUAAUAGCUUUCCACUGUGAUGUACCCUAUAAAGGCACUGAAUACUUAAGAUGUCUGCUACCUUUCAGCACUACUAUAAUUAUGUAAGUUUCUCCAAAAUUUCACAUCAAACCAUUUCAACAGACUUUCUAUACGUCUUCAUAAUUUAAUUAUGCAUAAUUUUAUAAAAAUGUGUACAAUUUCCCUUUUUUUUUGAAGUUUGUAUUUCCACAUUAGGUUAAAUGUGUAAUUCUUCACAAAUAGGCCUUAGGCCUACCCAUUUCUGAUGAAGCACUUAAAUGACAAAUAAUGACAAAUAAAUAAAUGUAGCAAACUCAAAUGAAGCUUGUAGCUUAUGUUACUAAGGGAAAUGUGUUCAUGUCAUUGCUUUACCCUGAGACUCUUUUAGAAGCUGUUUUGUAAAUCAUGCAUUUGUAUCAUAUUCAGGGAAUGUAUGUGUUACAUUUCUUAAUACAG